ACUAUAUGUGAUCUGGGUUGCUCCUUGUAUUAUGAAUUUAACUGCAAAGAUUUAUUUAUUUGGGUAUCAUGAACAUGGUUUCAAAAGAAUCUGGGUUCGAUAUACUAUUUGUUGGAGAGUAUGAAUUUAAUGGUGCUGUUAAGCUCUACUUUGAUAGGGUCUAUUAAGGUUUUUUAAUUUGGCUUUAUAGAGCUAAUUUCUUGUUGCGGGCAUUUCAAGCUAUAACGCCUGUUUUGCUUGGACAAACUCGUGUUUUUGUUUUGUGAUUAGUUGCAUAAAGAGUAUGAUUCAUUAUUUAUUAUUCAUGAUGAUAAUUUAGUAAAUUAAUAUAAUUUACUGAUUUGAUCUUGCUAUCCUAUAUUGAUUAAAUUAGCCUUAAUCUUACAAAAUCAAGGAAAUAUGAUAUGCAGAUCAUUCUUUCCUUAGUUAUAUGAUCUAGGAGUAAUGUAGGGAUUACUUGUGUAUGUUUUGACACUUCUGGAAAGAAAAAAGGAUUCUGAAUUAUGUCGGAAAAUGCUUCUGCAUAUAUUAAUUUUGUAGCUUGUAGCGAAUGCCUAUUUUCAAGUUGUUUUAUUUUUAUUGGCUAUUAUAAAGAAGAUGUUGAUAGAUAAGAAAGAUGCUGAUUAACCUUUUUAUGUUCAUUCGGUUGCCACCUUCACAUAAUCUCUUGCAUUCGACAUAGGUUAUCUCAAGACAAUCUGAAGUUGAAGCAAAGAACUUCUCAAACAACUAGUAAAAAAUCCUGCGAGGCGUGCGGGUGUUACUUGAAUCAUGCAGUUGUAUCACCAUCCAUUCUCUCUGGAUAGUCAGAAAGUGAGACUUGCUUUGGAAGAGAAGGGCGUUGAUUACACAUCGCACCACGUCAAUCCUAUAACAGGCAAGAAUAUGGAUUCCUCAUUCUUCAGGAAAAAUCCGAGUGCAAAGCUCCCUGUUUUCCAGAAUGGCAGCCAUAUCAUUUUUGACACCAUUGAGAUAAUCCAGUAUAUUGAAAGAAUUGCAGUUGUCUCAGCAGGCGCUGAUGAAGCUUCCUUUAGUAGCAGAGAAGUUGUUGAAUGGAUGCACAAGAUACAAGAAUGGAAUCCCAAGUUCUUCACCUCUCACAUCCCCCAGAAAUACCGUCUUACUGUUUCCAAAUUCAUAAGACGAGUUGUGAUUGCUCGGAUGGCUGAAUCCCCUGAUCUAGCGAGUGCCUACCACCGUAAGCUAAAAGAAGCAUAUGAAACUGAGGACAAGUUGAAAGACCCAGAAGUUUUAAAAAGGAGCAAAGAACAUCUUGUUAGACUUCUCGAUGAGGUCGAAACCAAGUUGAAUGGAACAUCAUAUUUAACUGGGGAAGAGUUCUCAAUGGCAGAUGCAAUGCUGAUCCCAGUUCUGGCUCGUUUGGUUCUCUUAAAUUUGGAAAAUGAGUAUAUAAGUAGCAGGCCAAAUAUUGCUGAGUACUGGAUUUUGGUGCAGCAAAGACCUAGUUAUAGAAAGGUGAUUGGAAAAUAUUUCAAUGGCUGGAGAAAAUACAAAACACUAACAAAAACUUGGUGUUUUGUCCGUUUUCGAAGUCUGUUGAGGAAAUACUGAUGGAAUGGAACGCACAGAACCAAGAAAACAGGAUGCUGCAAAUUAGGAAGAUUUUUGUACAAAUAUAAAAAGAAGUGUAAUUUUGAAUAUUUUGUUUCUUUUUCUUUUCUCGUCUCUUUAGGGGUUGGAAAUUUUGUUUGGAUGGGUUUAUUCAUUCAUUUGAAAAGGAAAUACAAGGGACAUAGAGUGAAAAGCUAGCUUUGAGGGACUGUGGAUGCAUAGCGUGAUUAUCAAUUUUUUGUAAUUUGAUCUACGUGUGAUCUUCUCUGCCCAGAAAAAGCUAACUUUAUGCCAAGCUGAAUAAGCAGUAAACUUUAACAUUCAUCCUUCGUUUAUUAGAGUCAAUUUCUA